AAUAUAUCAUCGUAUAAAUAAAAGACAAACAUUUGGGGGAUUAACACAAGUAUCCAACCCAUCCCAACAAUUCGCAGUAGCUCCACGUUUCAUAAUCUGUCUCAAAUUCUCGAACUUCUUUAAAGAGCGUUGAAGGGUGUGAUGAGAUUUUUGGCUUUGUUUAGUCUUCUCUUUUCAGUACUGAUGUUUCCAGCAGCAGAGGCUAGAAUCAGAAGGUAUAGAUGGGAGGUGAAGUAUGAGUACAAGUCUCCUGAUUGCUUUCAGAAGAUGGUUAUCACCAUCAAUGGACAAAGCCCCGGUCCAACAAUCCUGGCCGAAGAAGGAGACACCGUCAUUGUUGAGCUCACAAAUAGUUUGUUGACAGAGAAUGUCGCAAUCCACUGGCAUGGUAUCAGACAGAUUGGGACGCCGUGGUUUGAUGGAACGGAAGGGGUGACCCAGUGUCCAAUCCUGCCAGGAGAUACCUUCACAUAUGAGUAUAAAGUGGAUAGGCCGGGGACUUAUCUAUACCAUGCCCAUUACGGAAUGCAAAGAGAAGCUGGGCUGUAUGGAUCAAUUCGUGUGUCGGUUGCUCGUGGGAAGACUGAGCCCUUUGCCUAUGACCACGACCGGAGCAUCAUCCUCACUGACUGGUACCAUAAUACCACUUAUGAACAAGCCCUGGGCUUGUCCUCCAAUCCUUUUGACUGGGUCGGGGAGCCUCAGUCCCUUCUGAUUCAAGGAAAAGGAAGAUACAACUGCUCCCUAGUUUCAAGUCCUUACGUCUGUAAUUCAACAAGUCCCCAGUGUUCUCCCUAUGUACUCACUGUAGUUCCGGGGAAAACAUAUCGCCUUCGGGUCUCCAGCUUGACUUCCCUGUCAGCUCUCAGUUUCCAAAUAGAGGGUCACAACAUGACUGUAGUUGAAGCAGAUGGGCACUUUGUGGAACCCUUUGUGAUAAAAAACCUCUUCAUUUACUCAGGGGAGACCUAUUCUGUUCUGGUGAAGGCUGAUCAAGACCCUUCAAGAAAUUACUGGGUCACAACCAGUGUGGUCAGUAGGAACAACACUGUCACUCCUCCGGGCUUGGCCAUUUUCAAUUACUACCCCAACCAUCCCAAGAAGUCUCCUCCAACGGUCCCACCCGCUGGCCCUCUUUGGAACGACGUCGAGCCGCGCCUCAACCAAAGCCGUGCCAUUAAGGCUCACCAUGAUUAUAUUGUGCCCCCUCCCCACACCUCAGACAGAGUAAUCGUGUUUCUAAACACAAAUAAGAUAAAUGGUUAUGUUAGGUGGUCUGUCAACAACGUCUCCUUCAACUUGCCACACACCCCCUAUCUAAUCGCUCUCAAAGAGAAUAUAACUGGAGCCUUCGACCCAACCCCACCUCCAAAUGGUUAUGAUUUUGUAAACUAUGAUAUCUACAAUGUGGCGAAUAACACCAACGCUACAUCCAGCAACUCAAUUUAUAGGCUGCAGUUCAAUACAACAGUGGAUAUUAUACUGCAAAACGCAAACACCAUGAAUAAGAAUAACAGCGAGACGCACCCAUGGCAUCUCCACGGGCAUAAUUUUUGGGUACUGGGCUAUGGAGAAGGUAAGUUCGACAAUUUCAGUGAUCCAAUAAAGUACAAUCUGAUCGACCCAAUUAUGAAGAACACAGCACCUGUUCAUCCUUAUGGAUGGACUGCCUUAAGGUUUCGAUCUGAUAACCCAGGUACCUGGGCAUUCCAUUGCCAUAUAGAGUCUCAUUUCUAUUUGGGUAUGGGAGUUGUUUUUGAAGAAGGGGUGGAGAGGGUGGGAAAGCUGCCUUCAUCUAUCAUGGGUUGCGGUAAAGCCAAGGGUCUCGGCGGCAGGCCAUAAUAUGCAGGUAAGUUGAGCAUGAAAAAAGAAAAUAAGAUUAUCAAAUCUUUACAAACCUCUCUAGUUCAAAGCCCCAAACAUAUUGUAAUAACAAUAAUAAUUACGAUUACCUGUUUUUU